AUGGUUGGGAAGUCCCUGAUUGCUGGUCUGGUGGUCCUUCUGGUGGCUGCAGUGAGCCUGUUCCUGGGGGUGUUCAUGGGUUUGGGGAAGAAAAACACACCUCCCACUUCAGACCACUUCUACUCAAAGGCCGCCGUGGCUGCUGAUGCUGGAAAGUGCUCGGAAGUGGGGAGGGACAUUCUGAGGAAAAACGGCUCUGCUGUGGAUGCUUCAAUCGCUGCCUUGCUGUGUGUUGGCCUUUUGAACGCUCACAGCAUGGGCAUCGGAGGAGGGCUCUUCUUUGUCAUCUAUAACGCUUCCACAGGAAAGGUGGAAACCAUUGAUGCGAGGGAGACUGCACCCAUGAACGCCACUGAAGACAUGUUUGGCAACAACACUAAGCUUUCUCGCACAGGUGGACUGUCCAUAGCCAUUCCGGGAGAGAUCCGCGGUUAUGAGAUGGCACACAAAAGGCAUGGCCGGCUGCCAUGGAAGGAGCUGUUUGAGCCCAGCAUUGCCUUGGCUCGUGACGGAUUUCCGAUUGGAAAAGCCCUGGCUCAUGCAAUCUUAAAAAGCAAGGAUUCCAUUCAAGGAGACGCCAACAUGUGCGAGGUCUUUUGUGAUUCUCAGAGAAACAUCCUGAAGGAGAAUGAUAUUGUUAGAUUCCCAAAGCUGGCUGAAACAUACCAAAGAAUAGCAGAAGAGGGGCCUGAUGUGUUUUAUAACGGGGCGAUGGCACAGAACAUUGUUGAGGACAUCCAGACGGCAGGUGGUAUCAUCACCCUGGAAGAUUUGUUGGAGUACCAGCCCGUGCUGAAUGAGAACCCUCUGAAGCUGAACGUCGGGGAAUACACCAUACAUGUCCCAGAUGCCCCCUCCAGUGGCCCUGUGCUGGCACUCAUACUCAACAUAGUGGAUGGGUACAACUUCUCAGACACGAGCGUCUCUACAGCAGAGAAGAAAACUCUGACGUACCAUCGCAUUGUAGAGGCUUUUCGUUUUGCUUACGCCAAGAGGAGCAGAUUGGGGGACCCUCGGUAUCUCAACAUUACUGAUCUAAUCCAAAACAUGACCUCAGACUACUUUGCUGAUGGCAUAAGGAGCAAAAUUACAGAUGACACGACCCACCCAGACAGCUACUAUGAGCCCGAGUAUUUUGUUCCAGACAACCACGGGACAGCUCAUCUAUCAGUCAUUGCUGAGGAUGGCAGUGCUGUGGCAGCAACCAGCACCAUCAAUCUAUACUUUGGUUCAAAAGUCAUGUCUCGAUCUACUGGGAUCAUUUUUAAUGAUGAAAUGGAUGACUUCAGCUCUCCAUACAUGACCAAUGGGUUUGGAAUCCCCCCUUCACCCAACAACUUCAUUCAACCAGGCAAAAGGCCGCUGUCUUCCAUGUGUCCUACUAUCAUAUUUGACCAAGAAAACCAAGUGAAGAUGGUUGUAGGAGCAUCCGGGGGCACAAAAAUCACCACAGCCACAGCAUUAGUAAUCCUCAACUCCUUGUUUUUCAACUAUGACCUAAAGAAAGCCGUGACAGAGCCACGACUUCACAAUCAGCUUAAUCCAAAUAUGACAGUAGUGGAGCAGGGCUUUGAAAAGAGUGUCCUGGAGGGUCUGGUCCAGAAGAACCAUGUAACGCAGCUGCUAAGGACUCCAGACUCGGUGGUCCAGGCUGUGGUGCGGCAGGGAGAGCGUCUCUGUGCAGAGUCUGACCCCAGGAAAGGAGGCUAUCCUGCGGGAUACUGA